AAUAUCUAUAUCUUCAUCCACCAUAAACCCUGAUCCUGGAGAUUAGCACACAGAGUUUUGUUAUAUAAAUCAGACAAACCUUUGCUUGAAGAAACAGAACACAUCAUCUGCUCUUUAAGAGAAAUUAGAUGGCGAGAAGACAACUCUUUCAACUUCAAGUAUUCUUGGUUUUAGCUGUGCUGUCUAUUGUGAUCGCAUCGAAGCCUGUCCUAGUCAUUGCAAGAACCGAUAAACCGAUAGACUGUGAAACCAAGGGACAACAACUGAAUCAGAUUAGCUACCUGAGACGAAAUGAAAUGGAUCCUAAGAUAAGAACAAGGACACGGAGGUUGAUGAAUGUUGUGGAGAUUAACGAUUAUCCAGGAUCAGGUGCUAACAGCCGCCACACUCGACCAUACUGUCCUGAUUGCUAAUUCCAGUUUCUUGUGACUUAGAGCAGCUUUUGAAACUGUAAUAAUCACACUCUAUAUAUGAUAUCUAUCAAGAUAUAACAUGAUGGAAUCUUAAUCUAAAAGACGAUAUGAAGAUGUCAGAUACUUUUUUAAAGUCUCAAUCUUUAUGAAACCCAUGUCUGAAAAGGUUACCUUUUCAUUCAGUUUUAAAAAUAAAACAACCCCACACCAAACUUAGCUAAGUAAGGUCAUC